UACUUUUCGGUUCCGAGAGGUUCUAGCCCGCAGCCCGCCUCCUCCUCCUCGUUCAGCAUCAGCCCCAGCGGAAAGCCGUCGCGAGCCGAGGCGACCAUGUCGGAGACUGCUCCCGAAGCGCCCGUGGCCGCGGCGCCGGCCGCCAAGGCGCCGGCCAAGAAAGCCAAGAAGCCGGCGGGAGCCGCCAAGGCGCCGCGCAAGGCGUCGGGCCCCAGCGUGACGGAGCUGCUGACCAAGGCGGUGGCCGCGUCCAAGGAGCGCAACGGGGUGUCCCUGGCGGCGCUCAAGAAGGCGCUGGCGGCCGCCGGCUACGACGUGGACAAGAACAACAGCCGCAUCAAGCUGGGCCUCAAGAGCCUCGUCAGCAAAGGCACCUUGGUGCAGACCAAAGGCACGGGCGCCUCGGGCUCCUUCAAGCUCAACAAGAAGCAGCUGCACGACACGGCCAGGGACAAGGCGGCCGGGGCCAAGAAGAAGCCGGCCGCGGCCGCCGGGCGCACCAAGAAGGCGACGCCCAAGAAGCCCGCCUCCGGCUCGGCCAAGAAGCCCAAGAAGCCGGCCGCCAAGAAGAGCCCCAAGAAGGCGGCCGCGGCCAAGAAGCCGGCGGCGAGCGCCAAGAAAGCGGCGGCCAAGAGCCCCAAGAAGGCCAAGCCCAAGAAGGCGGCGCCCAAGAGCCCCGCUAAGGCCAAGGCCGUCAAGGCCAAGGCUAAAGCCAAGCCCAAGACGCCCAAGGCCAGAGUGGCCAAGCCCAAGAAGGCGGCGCCCAAGAAGAAGUGAAGAGGCCGCGCCAUGCCCGCCCGCCAGCAGCCCUCGCCAUCCCAAAGGCUCUUUUAAGAGCCACCCACUUUCUCACCCGGAAAGAGCUGACUUACGCACCACAGAGGUUCUC